GGUCAAAACCCUAAACAAAUGACCCGCGCCCUGACCCCUGUAAAAAUUCACGAACAGCGCAAACCUGUUCUCCAUUUUCUUAUCGACUGAAAAAGAAAAUCCAAGUUUCACCCUAAAAUCUCGACCGUCUCUCGGCGGCCGCCGUCCGGUUCCGAGCUUAAGGACGCCGCCAGAUUUCCUUCCUCGUCGGCAACGAGGCGUUGGAGACGAAGCUGUUCGUCGAAGAUCUUGGGCUUAAAGCUUGGACUUCUGGGACUUGGAAGAAUUCAUAAAGCUAUUUAAGCCUCCGGUUUAAGCUCGAUUAAGAACUAUGAAUGUGACCCAGGCGUGAAACGUGAUAUUGUGGCCAGAGAUUUUAGUAAGUUAUUUUAUGCAGCUAGGGAGGUAGGAUAUGCCGAGGGACUUGUCGCGAUCAAGAUCACGGUCUCCUUUCUACAGGAGAAGGCAGUCUCCAUCACCUGCAGGCGAUAGGUAUGGCCGAAGGAAACGAAGGGAGAAGAGCCAAUCUCCUUAUUCAUCCAUUUCAUACAGCAGGUGAUGGGGCUGAUGGGUAUCCUUUCGUUGCUCGAUUGUGAUAUGAGCUUCUUCAUGUGAAAAACAGUGGAGCUCAGUAUGAUAUUUCUUAACCGUAUAGAGUUCCUGUUGUCGCUCAAUGUUAUCUUUGUUCUGUACAGAAGGAGAAGCAGCUCUAUUACUCCACGGCGCCGCAGGUCUCGCUCUCCAAAACAAAGACGCAAUAAACUUCGUUCACCAACUCCAAGGCGCCCUAAGAAGCAUAGAAGCAGGAGUUUCUCCUUGUCUCCUACUCGUGAUUCUUCUAUUCCAAGUCCUGGGCAUACGGAGCUGAAAAUAAACAGUCAAAAGGAUCGAAAAGAAGAAGAUGAGGAGAGGAAAAGGAGGUUUCCUCUCUUUGCUCUAAAUGAGUGUCCACUUGCUGGAUUAACUUGUUUCUAUAUGUUCAGGCAGCAACAUGAAGCAGAGGUUAAGCUAGUAGUAGAAGAGACAGCAAAGAGGUUGGAAGAAGCUAUCCAGAGGAAAGUUGAGGAGAGCUUGGCCUCUGAGGAGAUUAAGCAGUAUUUACAACGACAUUUAAAUGAAGGACGGAAAGCACUAAUGGAUGAAGUAGCUGCUCAACUUAAGAAAGAAAAGGAAGCUGUUGCUACCGAAACGAAACAAAUUGAGGAAAGAGCACAUAAAGAGAAGGAAAUGCAGGAGAGGAUAGUUGAAGCGAAAGAGAGGAAAGUGGAAGAAGCUCUAAGGAAGGAAGCCCUGGAGCAGAUGAGGAGAGAAGAGGAAAGGUAUAGGGAACUAGAAGAGUUGCAAAGACAGAAGGAGGAAGCAAUGAGAAGAAAGAAACAACAAGAGGAGGAAGAACGUUCAAAACAGAUAAAGUUGUUGGGUAAGAACAAGUCAAGGCCGAAGUUGUCAUUCGCUAUCGGGCCUAAAUAGGAGUGAAUGCUGGUGGGAGAUGAUGUAUUCUCUAUGAGGUUCAGUUUCUAUGUAUGUUGUCACCUGACCUGCUGGGUAUUGUAAUUUUGUUGGUCAGGGAACAGUUUGUUUUUUAUUUGUGAGAUAAUGCUGUUGCAUUUUUGUAUUAUUAUUUUGGUUUCUGUUAAGAACCGAAUGAAGUUUAGAUGCUUACAUAUUGGGGGUACGACCUACAAAGGUAACUGUAAACGGUAAGGAUGAGGAUCAAUCAUUCUGUAGUGCUGCUCGCUUGAGAGUUCCAUGAAGUUCUAUAGUAAUUUGAAUUGGAAGUUUGCAUGUCAAGCAUUCCAGGUGAUCACCUGACUAUGAUUUA